GUCAGCUUCACGGCUGCGCAUCAACACUGCCUGUUAGCACCACAACAAGGAGUGAGAACGGAAAAUAGAGAGUUUGAGAGAGAAGUAUGCGGGGGACUGGUGGCUUAGCCCCGAGCAGUACCGUGUAGCGGAGACACUGCUCCACUCAGUAUUAGUGGGGAGCAGCGGUCUCCGGAGGGAGGAGAAGGAGGGGAAUGUUAUCGAGAAAGAAAACCAAGAAAGAAGUUUCUAAGCCGGCGGAGGUGCAGGGGAAGUAUGUAAAGAAGGAGACAUCACCCCUCCUGCGAAAUUUAAUGCCUUCUUUUAUCCGACAUGGUCCUACAAUUCCACGACGAACAGAUAUUUGCCCUCCAGAUACUGCUUCUUCACACUACACUGCUGCAGGAGAUGGGGCUGUCUGCAGAAAUCAGAGUUUUUUGCGAACCCCAGUGCAAAGAACACCACAUGAAAUUAUGCGUAGAGAGAGCAACAGACUGUCUGCCCCUUCAUUUCUUGUAAGAAGUAUAGAGGAUGUACCUAGGGAAUAUGGUGGUUCUUCUCAAUCCUUUUUAACAGAGGCAAAUUCUGUUAUUGAAAAUGGAGAUGCAAGCUCUAGAUACUAUUGCUCUGAUCACCUCUAUGAAGGACAAAGAAGACGGCAAGCUGGGGAACGCACACAUGAAGAUUACAGAUAUUAUGACCAUGGCAAUGAUCAUGUGCAGAGGAUACUGCAGGGGCAAGGCAGGCAUCAAGCAGGUAUUGGAAGAGUUGCAGCUACAUCAUUAGGAAACCUUACAAACCAUAGCACUGAAGAUAUGCCUCUUCUCCCUGGUUGGUCUGUGGACUGGACCAUUAGAGGAAGAAAAUACUACAUUGACCAUAACACUAACACUACUCAUUGGAGCCAUCCAUUGGAGCGAGAAGGCUUGCCCCCUGGGUGGGAACGUGUUGAAUCUGCAGAGUUUGGAGUUUAUUAUGUAGAUCAUAUUAAUAAAAGGGCUCAGUAUAAGCAUCCGUGUGCCCCAAGUAUUCCUCGGUAUGACCAGCCACCUCCUCUGCCUCCUCCUGUAACUUACCAGCCACAGCAGGUUGAAAGAAGCCAGGCACUACUUGUACCUGCAAAUCCUUACCACACUGCAGAAAUUCCAGACUGGCUUCAGGUCUAUGCAAGAGCUCCAGUGAAAUAUGACCACAUCUUAAAAUGGGAACUUUUCCAGCUUGCGGAUUUGGACACUUACCAGGGCAUGCUGAAGCUGCUAUUCAUGAAGGAACUGGAACGAAUUGUUAAACUGUAUGAGGCAUAUAGACAGGCACUUAUCACUGAGGUUGAGACUCGCAAACAGAGACAGCAGUGGUAUGCGCAGCACACCAAAAACUUCUGACAGUCCUUUUUUUGCUUGAAUGUAAUAUUUUGUAAAUGUUUCUUCUUCUUUUUUGAGAAGCAGAAGAGCCAAACAGUUUCUAUCAUUUAAGACAACCCUUCACAGAGAUAAAUGGUAAAAGGAUUUCAUUUGCUGGAAACUGGAAAACAAAUUCAAAAUAGGUCACACAGAAAGGUUGUGUUUAAAACAUGAUUUUAUUUGUGGCAAACAUAAAAUGAUGUACGAUUAUAUUAUUAUUAUUAUUAUUUCUGUUUUUAAGUUCAGUUGCUGUACGGAUGAGUUCAAGAAUAAAGUACUGAACUUCUGUUUUACUUACAAUGUAAGGAUCCAUUCAAAUGUUUAAAUCAUCAGCCCUGUAACAAGUGUAUAUUUAUCAUAUACAUCAAAUAUUGGAUAUGCACAUUCGGCAGUUUCUUUCACGGUUGAAUGUGUUAGAAGGAAGCUGUUUUGGGUAUUGGGCUCUUUUCAGAGCCGAAUAUCCUCUUGUGCAAGUGAAACACUUGCACAAAAGGAUAUUCGGCUCCAAAAAGAGCCCAAUACCAAAAACAGUAAACAAAACUGCCGAAUGCACAUAUCUAACAAAACAUCUAUAUUUCUGACCGAAAUGUAGUGUACAAAGAAAUAUUUAUGCUGUUUUUAAAAAAUAUUUUUAGAAUUUGGGUACCAAAAUAUGUGACGGCUUUAUGGGAGAAUAAUUGCAGUGUAUUUUUUGAACCAACAUUUAUACUUUAUAUUACCAAUUUGUAAUGACUUUUAUGUUAAGCAAUAUAAUUCUUAGGCAUACAAUAAAUUUUUCAGCAAACCCGUA